AUGAGCGAUACAGGCGCGAGCGAGAAGGGUAUGGAAGAAUUCCCAAAAAUGCCUAAAGAUUACGAUGGAUUCAUUGUCGUACCAUCCAACUGCAUCAAU